UCUUCUUCUUCUGCUUCUGCUUCUGCUUCUUCUUCUUCCUCACGACCUGGUUUUGAAACCGGCACCGGCAAAAAUGGACGAGGCCGAGAAACUGACGGCGUUGAAGAAGGCGUACGCGGAUAUAAUACUUAAUACGGCGAAGGAGGCAGCGGCGCGUGUAAUUGUUUCGGAGAAGAGAGCUGUUCGGCUUCAAAGAGAGCUCCUUUACACUAAAGAAGAGGCGCUUCGGAUGCUUCUAAGGCUUAAACACACUUAUGAUUCUAAGGUUGGUGAAGCAGAGAUGAAGUCCUUGAGUCAACAGGGAAAGAUUGAUGAGCUUGAAGCACAGCUCCAGGAAGCCGAGGAUAUAGUGAGUGACCUUAGGGGAGAGUUGAGUGAAGUACAGGAUCGACUGGAGAAGGCAAAAAAGAGACGAGCACUGGAUAGGCAAAAUUUAGAGGUUGAUACUACUGCUCAAGAAAAGAUGUCACAGAAUGGACAGUGUUUUCCAGGGAUGAUAACAUCUCAACUUAAUCUUCAGGCAGAUGUGGUGGCAAUUAAUGGCAAAAAGUUUGAUUGGAAUGGGACAUAUGAGGGCAGCAGGUGUUACAUUGAAUCUGAUUCUCUUAGGGAUCAUAACUAUGUUCAUACUCCUGAAUUUGCCUCGAUAGUAAUGACAAGUAAAGAGCCUGAGUUAUACAGAAAUGGAUGCACUCAGAGAAUCCGUGCUUUUGAAAGAUACAUGUUUGAUGAAAAGUUGUCUCUUUCUGGACUAGUUGAUGAUGAAAAGCAUGCAAUAUUCAUCGGAGGAAAUGGUGAAGGCAAAGGGAUGUCUAUAACACCUACACCAAAGUUUGACUAUAUGCAUGAGGUAGAGAAGAACCUAGUAGAAUUGAAAGUGAAGCAUGCAGAUGAGAGCCAUAGGAGAGAAAAAGAACAGCUAGAAAUAGAAGUACCUGCAAUUUUGUCCUUCUGCAAAAAGAGAAGAACGGCCAGAAAUAGAAGUACAUCUCCUUCACCCACAGAUCUUCCUCAUCAGUUCACGGAAAUGCGCCAAGUUUCUGGUUUAUCCUGCUGCACUGCUUCUCCUACUUCGGUCAAUGACAAUGGUUUUACAGGUAAUUCUGCCAAGAAAUCUGAAGAUAAAGUUGCAGCAUCUGUUUCAAGCCCAAAGUCACCUUCAGAUGCAAUUGAAAUGAGCUCACAUUCAGCAUUUGAUAUGGUUAUUGAGAGUGAAGUACAGUUGACUAGACCCUGGACUGCUCAGAAGGAGACCAACACUGAUAAGUUGUUAACUGAAGAAACUGAAUUGACCAGACAAGAAUGGUUAUCUGCAAAAAGUUUGGAGGUUCUGGCUUGCAAUGCAGAUAUUCAGAAAGAUGAAUCAGUUUUGGAAGCAUCUCAUUCAGAUGACCUGGUCGCUAGUCAAACUGAAAGCAAUAAGUUUCUCAGAUAUACAUUCCACAGAAAGCGCAAAAGGGAGACUAUGAGCAUGCCUGAAACGAAUUCCCAGAAUGGCACUUUGGAGGGAAAGACAAGGGAGACAAAAAUUGGUUCUCUGCAGCAACAGAAGUCGAGCUUGAUGCCUGCAUCGUCGGGAUAGUAGACGACUAGCACUGGCUGCUCAUCAGCUUAUCUCUCUCUCGGAGAAGAAGCAGGAGAUGUGCAAAUGAGUGAACCUUUUGUAAUGGGAAGGACAUUGGACUCCGCCAAAGAGAGGAUUAAAAUCAGUGCCUGUGGUUUCUGAAUACAAAGAUGAAUUUGGUUCAGGGAGAGAAAAAUCAAAAGAUAUAGUGACAUAUGGGCAUAUUGUUGUGACAUUAUUGAGGAACAACUAGAUUCUUGAGUUUACUUACAUAUGGGGUUUAUAUAGUAUAGAUAUUAAAGUCACCAAUAUUGUGACAUUUUACUUCUCUCUGUAAUAUCUCGCAUAAAUAAGCUUUAGUAAAUGUUUAGUUGCAAUUUUCAUUAGAAA